CCCCCGGCGCGCGGCUCGCGCAUCCCGGACGCUGGUGCGCACAGCCACAUGAAGCCUGCAGGGGACCGGGGGCCAGGGUGCAGCAAGCCGGCUGGGGCCGAGGCGCGCGCAGUCCACGCGAGACGCUGACUCCCCGGGGGGACCCCCUCCUCCGCGCCGGGCCACACAUCUUCUCCUGGUGCCCCGAUCAUCCCGAGAGGCCAGAAUGGUGCUCCUGCCGUUCCUCUGGAUGGGUUUCUUCUGCCACCUGUGUCAGGGCUACUUCGACGGCCCCCUGUACCCGGAGAUGUCCAACGGGACCCUGCACCACUACUUCGUGCCUGAUGGGGACUACGAGGAGAACGACGACCCCGAGAAGUGCCAGCUGCUCUUCCGGGUGAGUGACCCCCGGCGCUGCUCCCAGGGCGAGGGGGGCCAGGCCGGCAGCGCCCUGCUGAGCCUCACCCUGCGGGAGGAGUUCACCGUGCUGGGCCGCCAGGUGGAGGACGCCGGGCGCGUCCUGGAGGGCAUCAGCAAGAGCAUCUCCUACGACCUGGACGGGGAGGAGAGCUACGGCAAGUACCUGCGGCGGGAGUCCCACCAGAUCGGGGACGCCUACUCCAACUCGGACAAGUCCCUCACCGAGCUGGAAAGCAAGUUCAAGCAGGGCCAGGAGCAGGACGGUCGGCAGGACAGCCGGCUCAACGAGGACUUCCUGGGGAUGCUGGUGCACACCAGGUCCCUGCUGAAGGAGACGCGGGACAUCUCCGUGGGGCUCAGGGACAAGUACGAGCUGCUGGCCCUGGCCAUCAGGAGCCAUGGGACCCGGCUAGGGCGGCUGAAAAACGACUAUCUGAAAGUCUAGGAGGACGGCCCGAGGGCUAGGGCGAGGGGGUCCGUUCGGGCCCAGUGGGGGUGGGGCAGAAGACGGGCCACAUUUCUCUCAUGCCUGCCGUGCCUUCCGUCCAGAUUUGCACUUUGAGACGAUCUGAGCUCAUCUUUCAAAAGA